AUGCACAAUGAUGUCUUGAGGGAUACUAUCCCUCCCGGAGUUUUUGAUUUGACAACAACAUGCCCUUCAUAUAACAUGCAUACAAUUAUAGAUGGCCCUUCACUUAUUAUACAUGGUACUAUAGAUGAUCUAUCUCACAAAUUGUAUCUUUAUACCAAGAUAGUUGAAAUAUUCACUAUCCGGAUAAAUGGAAAUGGUGAGAAUCAAAUGGCUACUAGGAAAGAGCUAUAUGCAAAAUCUCUUAAUAUAACAUAA